AUGAAAAGUCAAAUAUCAAUCAACAUGCUAAAAAAAUCUGUUUAUUUUUAUAGAUAUUCCUUGAUGAGAAAUUCUCCUUUAACGGGUAUCAAGAACCGCUGUUAUGCCCAGACUGCUGAUACUAAAAUAUCUUCAGAUUCUGAAAUAGAUUUGAUGAGAAGCCGCCUCAUUUAUCAAUCUAGAAAAAGGGGAAUAUUAGAGAAUUGUAUAAUUUUUACUACGUUUGCAGACAAAUAUUUAAAAACAUUCAAUUGUGAACAGUUACAAAAGUAUGAUGCAUUGAUUAACAGUAAAUUUGACGAAUGGGACUUAUAUGCUUGGUCUAUUGGGUCUAAACCAGCUCCACAAGAAUUUGACAAUGACAUAUUGAAGCUAUUGAAAAACCAUGUACAAAAAAGAUCAUAA